GAGUGGGUGCCAGUGGUCACCUGGCUCUUCCUGGAGACAGCACCCAUCGAGGCAGGAGCAUGCGGCUGUGCCCAGCUCUGCUCCUUCUCUGCCUGCGAGGUUGCUUAUCUCUGACGGGCCCUGGCUCUGUGUCUGGCUACGUGGGAGGCACCGUUCAUGUGCGGUGUCAGUAUGGAAAAUCAUACAAGGACCAUGUUAAAUACUGGUGUCGAGGAAAGCACGACACAGAUUGUAAAACUAUUGUGGAAAUCAAAAGAAAUGGGGAAGAAAAGAAGAAUGGCCGUGUGUCCAUCAGAGACCACGCUGAGAACUUCUCCAUGACAGUGACCAUGGAGAACCUCAGUGAAGAUGACGCUGGAUCUUACUGGUGCAAGAUCCAGACCUUCUUUAUCUGGGAUUCGUGGUCACGUGACCCAGCAGUCCUCGUAAAGGUACAUGUUUUCCCAGCCACAACUCUCAUGGAGACCACACUUCCAGCUACAACCCCCUUCCUCCCACUAGUGAAUACUGGACACCUGAGGAUUAGCACCAGUGAGGUGUUUCUCCUCCAGCUAUGGCCCCUGCUCAGCAGCGUCCACUUCCAGGUCCUGGUCUUCCUGAAGCUGCCCCUGUUUCUGAGCAUGCUCUGUGCUGUCUUCUGGGUGAACAGGCUUCAGAAGACUCCUGGGGGAAUUUAACGCGAACUGCCCAAGAGCUGUGACAUGGAGUAGCCCAGGAAUGCCCUGGGAGGGGCUCAGCCCUGCAGACCGGGUGAGGCACACUGGACUCCAGACUGACUCUGCACGGACGCACAGUGCCUGGAUUCUGGACUUGACUAUUCCAUGUCUCAAGGGAGGGUCCGAGACUCUGAGAUACCAGACUCCCAUGAAGUCCUCAGCAUGAAAGAGGGAACAAAGCAGGGAAUGAUGGCGGCACACCUUUAAUCCCAGCACUGGAGAGGCAGAGGAAGGUGGAUCUCUGUGAGUCCUAGGCCAGCCUGGUCUACAUAGUGAGUUCCAGACAGCCAGGGCUACAUGAUGAGACUGUGUGGUAUCCCCCACCCAAAAAAGAGGGACAAGACUCCCCUGGCCGUGUGUUAGGGUCCCCCUUUCCUGUUUCCAGAUUUCUCAGUUUGUGCUCUCACCCACUCCAAGGGUAAGAAUCCUCUAGAAGGUUCUUGAACACAAGCCCCUUGAUCUCUGUGACAUAAAAGCAUCUCAGGUCAUUGUCUCCGAUGGCAGCAAUCACCUCCUCCCUACAGAGAAGAGGUUCCCUCAGGAACAGGUCCUUCAUAGACUUGGAUCACAGGCCAUGUCCCCUCUUCUAGAACAAUCCCAGAAGAUUUGGCUUCUGGCUGAGCAUCUUCACUACCCACUAUCCCAAACACGCAGCAUUCUUUUGCCCCAUCUGAUCAUUUUAGCUCUCCAUGAUCUUGAAGCCUCCUUAUGUCCCUAUGACCAGAGAGUGUGUAUCAGAGUUCAACCCAUGCUUGCCUGGGCUGACAAUAGUCAAUCAGUCAGCUUGACGGAUCAGCAGUAGAGAAAGAGCCCUGAUUUCACUCUGUAUUUCCUAACCCGAGGUCACCUGCUGUGCAUAGUGUUAAUGGAGGGUCCAUUUUUGUUCACUUUGGAAGCUGGCUGAGUCCACCUUGGGGACAAAGACAGAUAGCUGUUCAAAGGCAGGUGCAGGGCCAGUGGUGAGGAGAUCUCACAUCAUCUGGGCAUCCAUUGGACAUCCCCAGAAAAAGCCCUGUUUGCUGAAUGCUUGCCAAGUUUCUGCCUUGAUGCUCUUUGCAAGGAGGCCUCUCAGGGUUAGAUACAAGCAUCACCAUCUCCAUUCACUCCAGUCAGUCAGGUCAGACCUCUCUCUGCACCCUCAGGCUCAGGCCUGCCUUGAACUAGUGAUGCCAGUUUCCACAGAGAGGACGUAUUUAUAAGAGCAUCAUAAGUGAGGAUGGAGUCCUGUAGAUAUCUGGUCUGUGGGCCUGAAAUUGUGGCCACAUCUCUUUGGGUGUAGCUUCGGGUGGACAGAAGUAGAAAGAGAGGAUCUUGAAGUGUGGCUUUCCUUUGAGCACUGUUUCUGUUGGGCCAGUUGAUCUGUUAGGGAGAGCAGGGAAACACUCUGGUAGUUCUUGGUGUUUUUCUGUGUAAUUGUUCCCCAAUAAACACCCAUUUAUCAUUUAUCCUGGGUCUAGUGAUAUAAUUACAUCCCCGCCUUCAAAGACCCAGGGAGUAACUUUCACAAGAAUAAUUCUCCAUGGAAGCUCUAUCCACGGACAUAGUUUCUUAGGGUGAGGCAUGUCUGUCAGUCCAGCAUAGGGAAGCUUUUUUUCUAGCAGUUCAGAUGGAGUGUGUGGAUUCAGCAUCAACUCUGCCUACAUUUCUCUUCUGAACACUGAACAUACUUGAGCAUACUAAGACUCUGAAUAUAAUAUAGGAGAGCUUACCUCACUGAUGAUGUGUCAUCUUCAAGGACAAGUCAGAGAGUGGAGGGUCUAAGUUUGUGAGAUGGGAGUCACUGACAGGUGUGGGAGAGAGAGGGGCAGGCUUGGAUGCUGCAGAAGCUAACUUUUCUGUGUGUGACUGCGUCACCAGACAGGGUGUUGACUAGGAGUUAGAGGUGUGACCUACCAGAGUGUCUCUCCAACUUUGGUUUUGUCACCUUGAGAAUAUUUUGGAAAUGUAAGCAUUUCAGUGUCAUAUUUUGAUGUCAGUGUCAUCGUCAUCCCCCCGCCCCAGUAAGUUACAAUGCCUCUGGUAUCCAUAAAAGCAGAUGUGAAUUCGUUCCUCUUCA